UUUAGAACAGUACAACGUUGCGGUAGGCAUGAACUGUAUCCGGUCCUUUCUAGUUUUCUCUAAGUCAAUAGACUCAUAGUUAGAAAUCACAUAGCAGCUACAAAGCUAAGGGGUGCCGGGGCCACUUCAGGCCUUGAAUAACUCCGCCCCUCUGUCAUAACCCUUUGUCUUGAAAUUCUUUGAAAUCAAAUCCCCUACCCCAAAUACUGUCUAAGUAAACUUGAUCAGUUUCGACUGAAUUGAAAACCAAGAAAGCCAAAGGUUUGCUCGUUCUUCCUCUGAAAAUGGCGUUGCCCGCUGUCGUCACUACUGCACUGGAAUUAACUGGUGGAGGUUUCAUCUCGUCGGCUUUGCAGCCUCCCUUUCAGAAACUCGCAAAUUAUAUUUUCAGCCGGAUAGAACGGACAAAAGAUACCGGCGACAAGCUCCGAAAAUUGGAAAGAACACUGUUGAAAAUUCAAUCUCUGAUCGAUCAGCUGGAAGGAAAGCACUCUACCUCAAAGGCUUGUCGACUUUUAAUUGAAGAUUUCAAGGGUGUUCUUCUUGAUUCGGAUGAUUUUCUGAAUGAGAUUUGUCACCAAUUGCCGAAAGACGGUCCAUCAUCCUUGGGUAUACUUACCAGGGAUAAGGUAGGUCUGACGGUUAAAGAUGUGACUGAUUUCUUCAAUGAAUUAGAGGGUUACUUCAUCUCAGAAGUAACCAAGCCGGGGCCUCCUCAAGUCCCUCGUGGUAGUAGCUCCUUCAUCGAUCCGUCGUCUGUGAUUGGAUUGGAAGAAAAAAAGAAAAACAUUAAGUUGUUGUUGGCUGCUGAUGACAAGAAUACUACUGUGAUUUCAAUAGUGGGUAUGGCUGGCAUCGGAAAAACAACACUUGUUCAACUUGUCUGUAAUGAUCCAGAGGUGAUUGGGUGGUUUAACGAGAGAAUAUGGUGGGUAUGUGUUUCUUGGGAGUAUGAUUUGAUUCAGAUCACGAAAUCAAUCCUUGAGGCUGCCACAAGCAGCGUUUGCACUCUGUCAAAUCUCGACUCUAUUAUAAGGCAACUGAAAAAGGUGAUGAUGGAGAGGGGGAGGUUUUUACUCGUGCUGGACGAUAUGUGGAAUGAGAGUCUAAGUCAUUGGCGUGAGUUGAAAUUGCUUUUCAGCUCUGCGGCACCUGGAAGUAGGGUUCUGGUAACCACUCAAAGGAAGACUGUUUCAUCCAUUGUUACCACUGAUGGGGAUCUUGGUUGUUUUCCGCUAACUACUUUGACCAAGGAGGAUUGUUGGGAAAUUAUAAAGAAAAACCUGAAAACAGAAGUUCAUAAUCGUGAAGAUUUGAAGGCUAUUGGCUUGGAGUUAGCAGAGAAGUGUAAAGGUCUUCCUUUGGCGGCCAAAGUGAUUGGAGAUGCCUUGCAUCUCAAAUCAGAAGAGGUGGAGUGGGAUGCGCUGUUGAAAUGUCCUCCUUGGGACUGGCGUCACUUGCCAGAAGGUGAGAACCAAGUCUAUCGCGUACUGAAGCCGAGCUAUGUUCACUUGCCAGCUUACUUGACAAGAUGCUUUGUUUACUUUUCUAUUAUCCCUCAAAGUCAAAAGGUCAAAGUGGAGGAUUUGAUCCAAAUCUGGGCAGCGGAAGGCUUCACGGGAGCCCAAGGAGCAAGAAGAAUUGAAGACAUUGGAAUGGAGUACUUGAAAGAAUUGUGUUCGAGGUCUUUCAUACAGAUUUUGUCAGGUGAGAUUAAAAUGAACGACUUCAUUCAUGACUUGGCAACGUCGGUUUCUACCAAUUUAUGCUUGCGUUUGGAGGAUACCAUGUCUGCAAGAUCUACCAGCUUCUUGUCUCAAAAUGUGCGCUAUUUGUCAUUGCUUUGUCAAAGUGAUGAAUCAGAUGUGUGUACAGCUAAGCUCAAAGAACUUUACAGGUAUCAGAAAUUGAGAACAUUUAUGUUCUUUUCCCAUGUUAACCAACUCGCUACCAAUCUUUCUAUGUCAGAUAUCUUUCAAAAGUUUUUUGAGAUAUUCAAAUGGUUAAGGGUUUUGAAGUUAACUGGUAGUCGCAUCCAUAAGUUGUCUGGCCCCAUCGGCAAAUUGAAGCGCCUUCGCUACCUCGAUCUAAGUGAUACUAAGAUUGCAAAGUUGCCGCAGGAGAUAGUAAAUCUACUUGCGUUAGAAACACUUCGGCUCCAGAAAUGUACUGAACUUAAAGAGUGGCCUAAGAACUUUGAGAAGUUGGUUAAGCUGCGACACCUUCAUUUUGAUAGACAGUGUCAAAUGUGUUCCAUGCCAAAAAACUUCGGGAAAUUAACUAGUCUCGAAAACCUGACAACGGUUGAAGUUGAAAGUGAAAAAGGAUAUGGAAUUGAGGAGCUUCAGAACAUGAACUGCCUUCGUGGAUCCAUUGAGAUUAAAAAUCUCGAGAAUGUGUUGGAUGCCAAAAAUGCUGAGGAUGCUAUGUUAGGUAAAAAGCAAUACCUGCACAGGGUGAAGUUGCAAUGGGAUGAAACAAGAGAUCAAAUACUUGAAAAAAACUUGUUUCAUCAACGAGUUAUGAGCGGCCUUGAACCUCAUUAUAGGUUGAAAGAGUUGGAAGUGAAAGGCUAUUGUGGCUCAAUAUUGUCAAACUGGAUUGACAACCCACCGUCUGCCAACGCACCCACUCGUCAGAUCGAGAAGCUUGUUCUUAGUUCUUGUCCACAAUUAAGGAAAUUAUCUUCAAUUUGUCACCUAACUUCGCUUAAAACAUUAGAGAUCCUCGAUUGCCCCAAGCUUAACUCAUUGCCAGAGAGAGGACUACCUAGCUCACUUGUGACUUUGAACAUUUCAGAAAGUGGCAUCUCAAGACGGCAAUGUGAGGACGGAGGCAGCAUGCGGGAAACUGUCAGAUUUAUUCUCGAUGUACAUAUUAAUGGUCACAAAAUUCCAACGGAACGUUUGCCACGGCUAUGAUGUUAGCAUGGAGCAUAAAUGUAUCUCCGUCCACCCAUCUGCAGAACAGUUCUGAGUUUGAUUACAGACAAUCCUCUUAUGUUUUGGGCUCUCAACUUGAAGUAGCUUGGAAAUAGAAAAAUUGGAGUAUAUCACUCUCUGGACGACUUGUGCUACAUCCCAAUGUAGAUGAGACGGCGCUCCAGAAACAUGUUUGGCUGCUUUUUUUUUUUUUGGUCUCGCUAAGUGUUCUUGUUGAUUGUGUUGUUGCCAUUAAAAACAAAAACAAAAAAAUCAAAAACAAAAAGGUUGUUUGUUUUUCUUUUAUUUUCUUUCCUCUUGCUGUUGAAAGUUCUUGUUAAUUAUUGUUCUGUUUUUUCUGUUCUUUUACGGAGGAUCAGUGAACCAAUCCUGGUUUGAAAUCUCCCGGUGUUACUUGUAUUAUUUAUAAGGUAUUAAGGUCCAUGUAUUAAAACUGUCUGCACUUCCAAUAAAUGAGUGCGUUUUAGUGUAA